CUUCCGAUUUGGCUUCUAGCCGGAUGUUUAUUGUGGUUGCUGGGGUGAAUGUUAACGGCAGCAGUCGCGGAAGUUUAGGAGGUUGGAGAAAACCAAACAAACAUUUUGAUAUGGCAUCGGGUUUCAGGAAACAGGCAGCCCCGAUGACGCAGCGUAAGAAAGGGGGCUCCAAGCCGGACAUCACUGAGGAACAGAAGCAGGAGAUCAGAGAGGCCUUCGACCUGUUCGACACCGACGGCUCUGGCACCAUCGACGUGAAGGAACUCAAGGUUGCGAUGCGUGCGUUGGGCUUUGAGCCAAAGAAGGAGGAGAUUAAGAAGAUGAUCGCGGACAUCGACAAGGAGGGCUCCGGCACCAUCGACUUCAAUGACUUCCUCUGCAUGAUGACCAAGAAAAUGAGUGAAAAAGAUUCCAAAGAGGAAAUUCUGAAGGCGUUCAGACUGUUCGACGACGACGGAACUGGAAAGAUUUCUUUCAAAAACCUCAAGAGGGUUGCCAAGGAGCUGGGAGAGAAUUUAACGGAUGAGGAAUUACAGGAAAUGAUUGACGAGGCUGAUCGAGAUGGCGACGGGGAGAUCAACGAGCAGGAGUUUCUCAGGAUCAUGAAGAAGACCAGUCUCUACUGAAGCUUUCUUUGUCUCUUUACUGUCCUUUUCCCUCCUUUUCUAGCUUUACUCUUAUUUAUUUUUGUACUGUAACUAACUGACACUACUUUCGGAUGCUGGAUUAUUAUCUCUCUUUUCCUACUGAUGGUUGUUUAAACUUUUGUAUUACGUUGUGAAAAUAAAACGGCAAGACUUGUAAUAA